AAGGAAAGCCAUAUCUAGAUGACAACGGGAAGCUCUUCACAUGUCCCGGUGAACGCACUCAAUUAUUGACAACUUAUUGCAGUUGCCAUUCGUCUUUCUCCAUUUAUUACACUUCUGGGUUCUACUUGUAAAGCCCGAUUCGGGGUCGGCUUUUUUGCGGGGCAAAGGCCGGUGCGGUGCAAUUCAGCGGAUCUCCAUCGAGCUUGGCAGCACUGCGCGCUUUCACUAAGAGCGUCAUUGAGAGAGCAGAGCUUCACUGAGUGUUCCAUCACGUAUCGCAUCGUAUCCGCUGCAUUUUUUAUCUCUCAUUUCACUCGACAAAGUUGGCACGGUGGCCGGCCAAAUCUCUGGUGGGAGAGCCAACAAGCUGAACUCUAUCGUUCAACGCCUGUCCUGUCGAAUUGCUCCUCUCUUUGCUUUCUAAAAACAUCACGACCGAUAAGAAAAAGCGUAGUUACUUGGCGGACUAUAAUCACGCGAACAUGUUUGGCCAAUAUUCCCUAAACUCCAGCCCUACCGACAGCAACUACCGGGCACCGAAACUCAACCACAAGAAAUCGCGAUUCGGUUGCCAGCGAUGUCGCAUGCGUCGCGUAAAAUGUAACGAGGCAAAGCCAACAUGCCACCACUGUGAGCGCCAUAGAGCACAGUGUAUAUAUGAUCGACUUCCACUUCCACGGCAUGGAAAGAGCAGAGAAUCGUCUCCAGCAUCUUCAUCUCGGCCCCUGACCAGUGAAGCCAGAACUUCUGAGAGCGGCUCUGACAAACAGUCUCCUCUGUCAUCGGUGGACAUGGUGGACAUGGUGGAUGAAGACGCCCCGGAAUCAAAACAACGGCGACUUCUCGAGGCAAGAUUGAUGCAUCUAUAUCUCACUGAGACCGGUCCCUCCUUGCCUAUUGAUGACAUAACUCGUUCAGUCUUCGCCAACACGAUACCCAAGCUAGCCUUAGACUCAGAAGCCCUGUUAUAUUCCAUUUACGCUCUCGCAGCCAUCCAUUCGUGCAUAUGCAAAUUAGAUGACACUUUUGAUGGGCUCGAUGUUCAUAGGCGAUACUUGGCAAUCGCUGUUCACGAACAUACAAAGGAUAUCGCCGAGCUCAGCGAGUUGAAUUUCGAAAGCGUGUUCCUUACAACGCACUUAUUGCGCGCCUGUACGUUUGCCAUGCUGCGAUUCCGAAAUCGUUCGCCAUAUACUCCUCCUCUUGAGUGGAUAUUGACAACGGGGACGACGCAAGCCCUCUUCACUAAAGCCUGGGACAUCAUUGUGGCUCAUCCGGAAUCAAUCGCGGCGCGCAUGGUGACGAGCUCGCCAAUCAUAUACGAUGCUGAGGAAAGAUUCGGCGAGAGCCAACGACAAGGCCUAGAACAUAUCCUGGAGCGGGAUGCCGAAGACGAAGCGUAUGAGCCGUGGGAUGCAGAGAUCCAGGACGCGUAUGCGACGACACUCAGCUACCUCGGAGGGGUUCUGCAGUUGUUGAAUCCCAACAGUGACAGGUUCAACGUCAACGAUGCAAGGAGGAGAAUGGUCAUUUUCCCCAUGGCUGUGAAGAAGAAGUUUCUCGACCUUAUGCAGGAGGCUCGUCCGCGAGCUAUAGUGAUUAUGGCAUACUACUUUGCAAUUCUCGUCAUUGAGACGACGUGGUGGGUUGGCGACGUGGGGACGCUGGAGGUGCAGGCCAUUGCCGAGAGUCUGCCAGCCAAGUGGCUGAAGAUGGUAGAGUGGCCAUUGCGAGUGGUAGAAGCUGGAACCAUCAUGCCGCUAUAACGAGGCAUCUGAGUAUCAAAGAGGGCGGAGUGGAAUGUUUCUCUCAUCCAGCCAGCACAUGUUUAGAAUGAAAUCAUUAGUACACGGUAGCAGCAGCAGUAGUAAAAUUGAAUAGUAAUAGCGCAAAAUCUCCUGCUCAGAAUUAC